AGGGGCCGCUUGGCUCAGGUCAGCGGGUCCAAUCAAGCAUCCUGGCAGCUGCCUGCGGCAAGCCUCGCCACCGUGCCAGCCCAGCAUUCUGGGUGGUGACCUGAUAGAACUCCGUGGCGAGAUGGGGGGGGCCUAGGAGGUCGCGUGCACUCUAUCAGGCAGCACUUGGGUUCUGGCACGCCAAAACGUACCAGGGGGCAUGGAGGCGAAUUAGUUGAGUUUCAGUCGCAAGGAAUCUCCAGCUUGCCAGUGGCGCAAUGGUGAUUGGUAAUGUCGGUUGUGUUGUUUUCGACCUUGAUGACACGUUGUGGAACGCCAAGGAGGAACUAGAUGCUUGCUACGAGGCAAUGUGCGUGGCGAUUUCAGAGACUCGUCCUGAGUUUCAGGCAAGUAUCUCAGAUCAGGAUUCCUUUCGCGACGAAAUGAAGACUACGAUGUCCAACAACCCCGAUAAGAAACAUGAUUUCAAUUUUGUGCGCACAGAGACACUCUCGAGGCUGACAGAUGCAGAAACGGCAACCAUUGCGUUUGACGCUUGGCUUCAAAGACGAAACCGGCCGACGUUUUUCCCGGGAGCAUUGGAGGCAUUGCAAGAGUUGCGGGAUACCGGCAUAAAGAUCGGCACGCUCACCGAUGGGAACGCAGACGUAUCUGUCAUUGGAGCUUUGGAAGCUAUAGUGGAUUUCCAUGUGUCAGCUGUGGAGGCUGGGGCCCCGAAGCCUGACCGGCGUGCAUUUGCGCUGUGCGAGGCUAGAUCUGGCUGUGCGCCUGCAAACAUAGUGAUGGUUGGCGACAAUAUCGAAAAGGACGUCCUGGGCGCCCAGUCUGCAGGGUGGAAGUCUAUCUGGGUACAGCCGUCAUUCGCAGAAGUGGCCUUUGCUGGAAGUGCAUAUGACUUGAGUGGUAGUAAGACGUUCUCAGAGGAGGAAGCUAAGAAAGCAGCUGAUGCCAAUGUGAAGCACGUGGUCGAGGUGAAAGACAUAUUGCGCUCCUGGGCUGGGGAUAACGAUGGUGACGGCCAGUCUCCUGUUAAAGGUCUGAAAUGCACAGAGGAUCGAUAGCGCCUUAGAGGCUGUGUUUCUUGUUCUUCGUUUGCGCUACCGUCGACAGUAACGAGGCAAGAAUUCACACGACACGCUAGCAAGACGUAGCCGUGCUCACCGUGCUUGAUGUCCUUCGUGUUGGUUUCGCAGUUCUUUGUCGGUGUUUUGUGUAGUUUUCGCGUGUGCCUUCCUCGUCUCGCCUCGCGUCGUGCGCCACUUCUGGUCUACUCGCGUGCCCUUUUCCUGUCUCCCCGCGUGCCCCCGCUGUCCCGCCUCGUCCCCGCGCGCUCCCCUCGCGUUCUCGACGGGUGGCGACAGGAGGUGCGCAGAGGCAGCAGGCAGAAGCAACAGGCACACAGACACACUUUUGUGGUCUGCGGGGCGAGAGCGAACCGCUUCCGGCAAAAGCUAGGCGGGCUACGCACAGCUCUAAUGGGGGAGACAGGCCAUUUUGUCUCCUUUCUCUCAUUCGCCCCUCUUCCUAUGGUAGUUUUUGGCAACCGCGCUGCCCACUGUACUCGAAGGCUCCUGGCUUGAGAUAAUCAACUAUGGAGUGUGCGUUCAUCGGUUGUGUUUUCACCAUCGCUGGUC